CAUUGAACCUAAGGAAGGCACGUGACAAAACGUUACUUACGAAGCAAAUUUUAGACAUAAUGAACACUACUCAUGCUCAAUUGUGAAGAGCUGAAGAAAGAGUGAGCCUUGCCUUCUUCUUGGGGUCGGAGGACACAAGACAAGAUUGAUGUCGGCUAUCAAUCGUAAUCCACCAAAAAAACGAAAGAGUAGUACUUUUAACUAUGAAGCUCAAUCUGCUGCUCUGCAACGUGCUAAAGAGAUACAAGCUAAAUUAUCUCCUGAAUUCCCAAGCCUUCUUAAGUGCAUGCAUCCAUCUCAUGUAUCUGGAGCAUUUUGGCUUAGUCUUUCAACCAAGUUCUGUCAGAUGCAUUUGCCAAAGGCUGAUACCAUUAUUACUCUGGAAGAUGAAAGUGGGGAACUAUAUGAAACCAAAUAUAUUGCUGAUAAGGUGGCCUUGAGUGGUGGAUGGAUGAGGUUUUCCAUAGCUCAUAACUUACAUGAGAUGGAUGUUCUCAUAUUUCACUUGGUCAAACCUUCCAAGUUUAAGGUGUACAUUGUAAGAUCUCAGGGGUCAGAUGAAGUGGAUGGUGCUCUUGGCAUGCUCAAGUUAGAUAAGUGCAGAAAAACAAAUGAUGAAGUUAGUAGUGUUCUUGACACUACUCGAGGAAAUGAUCCAAGGAUGAUUUUUGGGGAUAACUUAUCUCAAUCAGAUCAGCUUGAAAAUGAAAGUAAAGAUUUAUUCUCAGAAACUUCAGAAUCUGUUAUCAAUAGUUUCGAACAAGUGACUGGUAUUGAAAAUUUCAUCAUCAUGGUGAAUGGUUUGGUUAUCUAUUCGGAGCUCUCUGAACGCCUUUGGGUGAAGUAUUACGAGCUAUGCCGCAGCCAAAGAUGUUUUCUUCAUGAUAAUCUUGUUAGCGGUCUUAACAGCAAACUGGUGGUUGGAAUGAUUACUGAGACCAUUAACAUUGCUGAUGCCAUUAAAGCCAGCAAGGUUACAACCUCUAUGGAUAAUUUUGUUACAUGGGACAAAACAUUGAAAGCCUUUGAGGGCAUGGGCAUGAAUGUGAGCUUUUUAAUUACUCAGCUAGACCACCUCAUGAAACUAGCCCUGAAACUAAAAAGGCACAAAGAGGCAAGACUUGAACGUCUCCAUGCUAAUGAGAAGUUGAAAGCUCUAGAAGCAAGAGUUUUGGAAGUGAAAAAGACCAUAAGGGGACUUGAUGAAGAGAUUGCCAUGGAGGACAUGAACCCUGAGAGGGUGGAGACUAUGUUUCAAGAACUGGUUAAUGCUCCUUGGUGAUGUAGCUGCUUCUUAGCUUUGACAUAAGUUCUAGUAUAUAAUAUGAUAUAAUAGACUUAGCAAAAGAAAUAGUUUGAGCAUUAGGAGGAACAUGAAAGAGCCAAAUAGUCUGAGAAUUAGGAACAUGAAAGAGCCUUGCUUGCUCUUGCUAUUAGAACUUCACAGUUGUUCUGUUUC